AUGCGUCGCAUCUCCCGCACAGUCUCUGGUCGUUCUGGCUUCUCCGACUAUGAGGAGCCAAAGGAUGACGAACACAUCAGCAAAGCCGAGGACUGGUCAUUGAUGCCCGAAGUUAAGAGAUAUGCUGAGAAUGAUCCUGCCACCGGACGUAAGCUCGGAGUCACCUGGAACAACCUUACGGUCAAGGGUGUUCGUGCUGACGCUGCUUACAACGAGAACUUUCUCAGUCAGUUCAAUGUACCGCAACACAUCAAGGAAGGGCGCCACCCUGCACCUCUCAGGACCAUUAUCGACAACAGUUCUGGCUGUGUGAAGCCUGGAGAGAUGCUGCUUGUGCUUGGCCGUCCUGGCGCAGGUUGUACGACACUUCUUAAGAUGCUCUCCAACAGGAGAGCAGGCUAUGCAGAGAUUGAGGGCGAUAUCAGAUUUGGUACCAUGGAUCCUAAAGAAGCCCAACAAUACAAAGGUCAAAUUGCCAUGAAUACCGAAGAUGAGCUCUUCUUCCCUACCCUUACAGUCGGCCGCACUAUGGACUUCGCCACUCGCCUAAAGGUGCCCAACAACUUGCCACAAGGCACCGAAAGCAGAGAGCAAUUCCGCACCGAGUACAAGGACUUCCUCCUGAGGUCCAUGGGAAUCGAUCACACAGCCGACACGAAGGUGGGCAAUGAGUACGUCCGUGGCGUCAGUGGUGGUGAGCGUAAGAGAGUUUCGAUCAUCGAAACUCUUGCGACCAUGGCAAGCGUGUACUGCUGGGACAACUCUACCCGCGGUCUUGAUGCCUCGACCGCUUUGGAGUACACUCGCGCUCUGCGUGCCAUGACUGAUAAGCUAGGCUUGGCCACUAUCGUAACGCUGUACCAAGCCGGAAAUGGUAUCUAUGAUCUCUUCGACAAGGUGCUGGUUCUUGAUGAGGGCAAACAAAUCUAUUAUGGUCCUCGCGCCCAAGCUCGCCCCUUUAUGGAGAAACUCGGCUUCAUUUGCGACGACGCUGCAAACGUUGCCGAUUUUCUGACUGGUGUCACUGUCCCUACGGAGCGAAAAAUUAAGGAUGGCUUCGAAGCUCAAUUCCCCAGGAAUGCAUCAGCAAUUCGCGAGCGCUACGAAGCGUCAUCGAUUAAGGCCAAGAUGGACAAGGAGCUCGACUUCCCAGAAAGUACACGCGCGAAGGAGUGGACUGCCGAUUUCCAGAAAGCAACUCACGAAGACAAGGCCAAGGGCAUACCUAGCCACAGUCCCAACACCGUUGGCUUCCAAUCGCAAGUCAAGGCUUGUAUCAUCAGACAGUACGAAAUCCUGUGGGGUGACAAGGCAACCUUCUUCAUCAAGCAAGGCUCUACUCUGGUACAAGCUCUUAUCUCCGGUUCGCUCUUCUACAACGCCCCUAACAAUUCUUCUGGUCUCUUCAUUAAGGGAGGUGCCCUCUUCUUAUCUCUCCUCUUCAACGCUCUCUUGGCCAUGUCCGAAGUCACCGACUCCUUUUCGGGCCGUCCUAUCUUGGCUAAGCAUAAAUCUUUCGCCUUCUACAAUCCAGCUGCCUUCUGUAUCGCUCAGAUUGUUUGCGAUUUGCCAGUUCUUGUCUUCCAGAUCAGUAUCUUCUCGGUCGUCUUGUACUUCAUGGUUGGCCUGAAGGUCACUGCUGCUGCCUUCUUCACAUACUGGUUUGUCAUCUAUCUCUCGACUUUGGUCAUGACUGCGCUUUUUAGAGCCAUUGGCGCUGCCUUCCCAACAUUUGAUGCUGCCUCCAAGGUCUCUGGUUUCAUGAUCAGUGCCCUCAUCACGUACAUUGGUUACCAGAUUCCCAAGCCCGAGAUGCACCCUUGGUUCGUGUGGAUCUACUGGAUCAACCCUAUGUCCUAUGGUUUCGAGUCCCUUCUUGGAAACGAGUUCAAAGGCCGUGUCAUUCCUUGUGUCAACAACAACCUUGUUCCCAAUGGCCCUGGUUACACCGAUGCUGCUUACCAAGCCUGUGCUGGUGUUCGCGGCGCUGUCCCAGGCGCUACCGAGAUCACUGGUGAACAGUACCUUCACAGUCUCUCAUACAACUCUUCGCACAUCUGGCGCAAUGUCGGUAUCCUAUUCGCUUGGUGGUUCCUGUAUGUUGCUAUGACCAUCUUUUUCACCCUUCGUUGGAGCGAGAAUGGCAAUUCAAAUGGUUACCUUUUGGUCCCACGCGAGAAGGCUCACCUAGCCAAAGGUCUAAUGAACAAGACCAACACUGAUGAGGAGAACCCUGCCGAGAAGUCUCAAACAUCGAUCUCAAGCGCUGACACCCAAGUUCCUGCUGGCAAGGACGAAAAGCCCAAGUCCGAGUCUGAGAACAACGACCAGCUUGUUCGCAACACCAGUAUCUUCACCUGGAGAAACCUGACCUACACUGUCAAGACACCAUCAGGCGACAGAGUUCUUCUUGACAACAUCCAUGGUUACGUGAAGCCCGGCAUGCUCGGCGCUCUCAUGGGUAGUUCCGGUGCCGGUAAGACCACCCUUCUCGAUGUUCUUGCCCAGCGCAAGACAGAUGGUACAAUCAAGGGUGAGGUCCUCGUCGAUGGUCGUCCUCUCUCGGUCUCGUUUCAACGUUCUGCUGGUUACUGCGAGCAACUCGAUGUCCACGAGCCUUUGACUACCGUCAGAGAGGCACUCGAGUUUUCAGCUCUCCUUCGCCAGAGCCGUGAUACACCUGACUCCGAGAAGAUUGCUUACGUUGAUACCAUCAUUGAUCUUCUAGAGCUUCACGAUCUUGAUCACACCCUUAUCGGCAAGCCUGGUGCUGGCCUUUCGAUCGAACAACGAAAGCGCGUCACAAUAGGAGUCGAAUUGGUCUCUAAACCAUCGAUCUUGAUUUUCCUUGACGAACCCACGAGUGGUCUAGACGGACAGGCUGCCUUCAAUACUGUUCGAUUUUUGAGAAAGUUGGCCGAUGUGGGUCAAGCUGUACUUGUUACUAUCCACCAGCCGUCCGCCCAGCUGUUCGCAGAGUUCGAUACACUGCUUCUUCUCACCCGUGGAGGCAAGACUGUUUACUUUGGUGACAUCGGAAAAGAUGCGCAGACCAUCAAGGAGUACUUUGGCCGAUAUGACGCUGCUUGCCCACCUAGCAGUAACCCCGCUGAGCAUAUGAUCGAUGUGUGCUCUGGCUCUCUAUCACAAGGCAGAGAUUGGCAUCAGAUCUGGCUCGAGUCUCCCGAGAACAAGAAGAUGCAUGAAGACCUCGAUGCCAUGAUCCAAGACGCCGCCGGUAAGCCCCCUGGUACCAAGGACGACGGCUACGAAUUCGCCACCUCCCUUUGGACUCAGACCAGACUGGUCACCAACCGCAUGAAUGUCUCGAUCUACCGCAACACCGACUACAUCAUGAACAAGAUCAUGCUCCACAUUGGUACUGCAUUGUUCAUGGGCUUCACAUUCUGGAUGAUCGGCAGCGGUGUCUACGAUCUACAGCUCAAUCUCUUCGCAAUCUUCAACUACAUCUUCGUUGCUCCAGGUGUCAUCGCACAGCUUCAACCUCUCUUCAUCGAGCGUCGCGACGUCUAUGAGACUCGUGAAAAGAAGAGUAAGAUGUAUGACUGGAAAGCCUUCACUACAGGUCUCAUCGUGUCUGAGAUCCCUUACCUUGUUCUGUGUGCGACAUUCUACUUUGUCUGCUUUUACUUCACCGUCGGCUUCCCUGGAAAGGCUGCUUCUGCGGGUUCGGUCUACUUCGUCAUGUUGGUCUACCAAUUCAUCUAUACUGGUAUCGGUCAGUUCGUUGCAGCCUAUGCUCCCAACGCCGUCUUCGCAUCGCUUGUCAACCCUUUGAUUAUCGGUACUCUCGUCUCGUUCUGUGGUGUCCUGGUGCCUUACGCUCAGAUCCAACCUUUCUGGCGUUACUGGCUAUACUACCUCAACCCCUUUAACUACCUCAUGGGCUCCCUCCUUGUAUUCACUACCUUCGACGAGGUUGUUCACUGCAAGCAAUCCGAGUUUGCAAGAUUCAAUCCUCCUUCAGGUCAGACUUGUGGAUCAUACCUCGCCAAUUACCUGCAAGGCAUGGGUCAUGCUUCAAACCUUAUCAAUCCUGAUGCUACUUCUGACUGUCACGUCUGCCAAUACACUCGUGGUAGCGACUACCUUGCCACCCUCAACCUGAAAGAAUACUACUAUGGCUGGAGAGAUGCAGCCAUCUGUGUCAUCUUCGCUCUGUCUGGUUACGCUCUUGUGUUCGGACUCAUGAAGCUCAGGACCAAGGCAUCCAAGAAGGCUGAGUAA